ACCAAAGGUGGAGUGGAGCUCAGGGGUCAGGCUCCUCUGAGACCCACAGCUUCUAGUUUGAAUGGUCCUCCUGUUCAGCUCAAACACUGGCCCUAGGAUGGCACUUUAGAGCGGGAUAUAUCCUCACACCAGGAAAAGACCCAUCAGCAGGAGAACUUGGAUUUGGUUUUUCAGGAAUAUGUAUUUAUAGCCCCUGACUUCAAAAAAUUGAAAAUGCCAGCCUCCAAAGCUAUGCUGGUGUUUGCAGCACUCUUAUUCAUCGUGGGAUUGGUCCGAUGUCAAAAGCUGCCAAGUUUCAAUCUGCUGGAGGAGUUUCGUGUGCCUGAGUCGAGGGGCGUGAGGAGAGUGGAUGGUUCUCAACCUGAGGCAGUGGCCUACCGUGUGAACCCCUCCAUCCAUCUGAAGAGGACCAUGAGCGAUGUGUAUCCAGAUGGACUUCCCUCCGACUACUCCAUCAUUGCAACAUUUAAGGUGACCAAUGACGCUGCCUGGACGUCCUGGAACCUGUGGCAGGUCAGUGACCCGGAGGGACGAGAGCAGAUUGGCCUGCGUUUCCAGGGUGAUACACGCUCUUUAGACUUCUUCUACACCAGCCCCCAUGGGAGCCAGAUGCUGAGGACCUUUAACGGUGUGGAAAAGCUGUUUGAUGGACAGUGGCACAAGCUGGCGCUGAGUGUGAAGGGCAGCCAGGUGAAGCUGCUGGUAGACUGUGAGGAGGUCAGAGUGGAGUCUAUUGAUGAGCCGAGACCAGUCAUCCGCCGAGGAUACACCUCCAUCGUCAAGAGGGCAGCAAGAGAUCGCUCUGCGUCUGUGGACCUCCAGCAGAUGGAAGUGUCAUGUGACCCAGAGCAGGCUUACUCAGAGGGCUGCUGUGAGCUCUCCAAUGUGUGUGGAGGAUAUGCAGAGAUCGGCCUAACAGCUGGAAGAGCAUCUUGCAAAUGUAUGCACGGACAGCCUGGCAUCCAGGGCCCUUCAGGGCCAAAGGGUCACAUAGGUCUUCCAGGAAAAGCUGGAGACGCCGGACGACAAGGAAAUUGGGGGAUCCGGGGGAACACAGGAGACUAUGGCAACGUUGGCGAGUCAGGCCCAAAGGGUGAAGAGGGCAUCAAAGGCGAAAAAGGGAUGAGAGGACCUUGGGGCCAAGUGGGAGACAGAGGUCCCAAGGGGCUGAAAGGAUUAGAAGGGGCCGCGGGCUUCAAGGGAGUUCGUGGACCACCUGGAGACAUCGGAGAGACCGGGGAACAGGGAGAAAUUGGCGCUACAGGCGACAGAGGAUAUGAAGGCAUACCUGGGUUUCAGGGAGUUAAGGGUCAAAAAGGGGCCGCUGGUGUCGUAGGGCAGCCUGGACCCAGAGGAAAGCAGGGUAUUGUGGGGGAUCCUGGAGAAAGGGGAACAUCUGGAGAAAAGGGGAAGCCUGGAAUCCAAGGACCUGUGGGCAGAGCUGGCACCAUUGGAGCGAAGGGCAUUAUUGGAGAUCCGGGUUUACCUGGCAGAGAUGGUGAUCCAGGAAUAGAGGCUUAUCAAGGACCACAAGGCCUCAGUGGAAAACUUGGAAAACUUGGAGCAAAGGGGGAGAAAGGCACCCUGGGGUCAGCAGGAGAAAUGGGUCCCCAAGGACGAACUGGCCUGAGAGGUUACAAGGGCUCUGCAGGGAAGCCAGGAAGACCUGGAUUUAUUGGCCCACCUGGACCUACUGGACACGUGGGUGUGCCUGGAAAACCAGGAACCAAGGGUGACACAGGAAUCCAAGGAAUCAAAGGAGUUAAAAGUGCACAGGGAGAAAAAGGAAUUAAAGGCCCAAAAGGAAAGGUUGGAGACAGGGGUGAGCAGGGUCCUCAGGGAGGACGGGGGAAGCGUGGGUCUGCAGGCCCACCUGGACGUUCAGGUCCCGUCGGAGUCAAAGGGGUUCGAGGUGAAGGAGGACCAGAUGGCUUUCAGGGGCCCCCCGGCCCACCAGGGCCAACCCUCCCUGCUCAACACGUGAUCGAGGUUUGUAACAAAGUGGUCCUGGAGCAGAUGUCCACCUUUGCCAACUCCGUUAAGAGGACGUGUGCUGCCGUUUGUCCUCUGUAUGGGGAUGUUCCCAUGGGUGCCCCUGGUCCCCCUGGACAGAAAGGACCACCCGGACCUCCUGGGGACCCUGGUAAUGAUGGCGCUGAUGGAGAAGUGGGCCUACCGGGAUUCUAUGGAGAAGCCGGAGAACCAGGCCAACAAGGAGAAACAGGUGACAGAGGAGAGCAAGGGGAUAAAGGAGCCAAGGGUCACGGCCUACCUGGCUUCACCGGAGAUCAGGGAUCAAAGGGUCAGCGUGGACGUACUGGCAGAGCCUUUAACGGUCAGCCUGGGAAGCAGGGCCAGAGGGGACACAUAGGCCAGCCUGGACUCAGGGGCCACCCGGGUCUCAGAGGACCUCCAGGUGUAUGUGUCACCUCUGGGUGCACUCAGCUGAACUCAACCGGAGGGACACCUCAACCAGCACCGCGGAGGUUGAGGAAUCGCCCAUAGAGGAUAAAAAAUGGUGAAUUGAAUAUUUAGUUUAAAGGAGUAAAGGAAUUGUUUUUGUUAAUAUGUGUUUGUUCAAAUAUAUUGACAUUUUCAUGUAAAUAUGCAAAUUAAACCUGAACUGAAUUUCUUGGAGCAGAAGUUACCUUAAAAAAUAUCUAUUUGGAGGAGAGUGGUAACAAAAUAUAUCUGUAUAAAAAGAACAUCUUCAAUUAAUAGUUUUAUUUAAACUAAUUUCACAAGUUUAAGUUGUCUUUAAGCACCUGUUCUUUAUAAUAAAAACCCAAAAAUUGAUUGUGGAUUUGUAAAAGACCAUGGAAUUAUUAGCGCAACAUCUAAGUUUGAAGACCAAUAGUAUAAUGUAUAUAGUACUCUUUAUAAUAUAUGAGUCUUGGUUGAAGGGAAAACUGGAAAAUUAUUUGAAACCAUGAAGAAGGGAAAGGAGUUAUUCUUUAUUAUAUUUUUCAUUGAUUGCCUGCAGACAUUCAGUAAAAAAAAAAAAAAAAAGCAGAAAUUUCGUGAAAAUUCUUCUUUUUUGAUCAAAAAAGUCAUCAUAACAUGGAUGUUACACUGUACAGUUAUUGUGUUUAAAAACUAAUAUUACCGUUAGAGUCCUUAAAUGUCGGCAACUUUCAGCUCCAACACCCCCCAACUGAAAAGCAAUAUAUUCUGCUUCUGUCUAAACCCCCAGUAACAGCACUGGACUGUGAGAUGAUUUAAGUAUAGAGACCAGAUUGCACAUCAUUCCAUUCAUUAGCACUGGAAUGGCCAUAAAACAUCAUAUAAAUGUUCCUCUGUGGCGGAAAGACCCUAAAAUGACUCAUUUUUCCCCCAGUAUUAUCAGAAUUUAAUCUGUUCAGUACGAUAAAAAUUGUAAAGUCUCAAAGAUUCAUGUCAGUAAAUUUUUCUGUGGUAUUCCUGUAUGCAGCGAAGCAACAGUACACUGAUCAGCCACAACAAUAAAACCUGCCAAGUAUUAUGUAAGUCUCCCACAUUCUGCCAGAACAGUUCUGACCUACUGGGGUUGUGGGGUUGGGGCUCAAUGGAUUGAAUAUCUUGUUGUGUUGCAUCCUGCAGAUGCUCAAUUGGAUUAGGAUCUGGUGAAUUUGGAGGUCAGGUCAGGGUUUUGUGCUCUUUUCUCCUCACGCCGUCCCUGAGUGGUUUGUACAGUGUGGCAGGAAGCAUCAUUUUGUUUUAGAAGAUCCCUGGUGUUGGGGAGGAGCAUUGCCAUAAACAGUGUGCUUGGUCUGCAACAGAGUAUAGGUGGGUGGGACGUAUCAGACAUUCUGGGACCCAACAUUGCAUUUUAAUCAGAUGUUCAAUAUCAUUCAUUUCACAUGUCAAUGGUUUUAAUCCGUGUAUUUUAGCUGCCUUAGUCCGACAAUUUCACAACUGCAGAAAGCUGAAAAGCUUUAAAUGACUGGGGUACGAUCUUAGAACACAAUAUUGAGUUAUUUUGUAGCACAAGGAUACACGCUCUUAUUUUAAACAUUCACCACUGGUCCCAAAAAGUGCAGUGUUGUGCUAUUAUAGAUGUUAGUGUACCUUUAAGCGUUUAGAUUUUACAAAGCUACAGUUCUCUGCAUUGAAAUGGAAAUCUAGUGUAGAAAUUAAUCGCUUGAAAAUCUCAAUUAAAAAUGGCGUCUGAUUGCUCUGA